ACACAGUUACAUGGCAUUUUUGGCUGUUUAGACGUGGUUGUUGUUAUUGUUAUUGCUGCUCUCCGUUGGCGUCGCUGUCAGAAACUACGACGCUUCAGUCGCUGCCUGCUCCAGCUGUUGGUGAGUUGUCUUUUGGGUCUGCGUCAUUGUUGUUGCUGUUGCUGCUGCUGCUGCUUUUUGUUGUUAGUAGGAAAAGAAAAAAAAUAUAUAUAAACGUUAGCAAAAAAAAAGAGAAAAUGUGCUGACAAUUGCACAAGAAUUAAACAAGAAGUCUGUGGAAAUAAAAGCAACAAUCCCCAAUUGGAUAUCUGCAUAUUGGAUAUUGGAAUUAGAACGUGAUUUGGAGCUGGAGUCUUUUAACUUAUUGGAGCUGCCCAAAUGCCGCCACAAAGAUGGACGGACGAGACGCGCGACGCCAGCUGUUAUUACGGUAAUCUCAUACGCUCCUCCUCCGAUGCCGAUGACGUUGACGAUGACACGGAAGCGGACGCGGAUGCCGAUGAUGAACGGGGGGCGUUUUGCAGCGGCAAUCGCCCAUUGAUAGCAGCUAAUGACAAUGCUGGCUCGGAUUCUAGGGAUGAUUGGCUGCAAACGCGUCACAUUUUUGGCCUAAUGGGAUUCUUUGGAUUCGCGGUUGUCUAUGCCAUGCGCGUGAAUCUCUCGGUGGCCAUUGUGGCCAUGGUCAACCAGACAGCCAUUCCACACACCAACAGCUCCGUUAUGGCCAACGACACUUGUCCUGUGCCAACGCCCAACAACAACAAUCAGUCAGUGUCGGAAUUCUGGAAACGUUCGGUGCCCGCUGAGGGUGAAUUUGUGUGGGAUGAGGCGACUCAGGGACUUGUGCUGGGCAGCUUCUUCUAUGGCUAUGUGCUGACCCAGGUGCCAGGUGGUCGCAUGGCUGAACUGGUGGGCGGUAAACGUAUCUAUGGCUAUGGUGUGCUGAUAACGGCCAUCUUUACACUGCUGACGCCAUUGGCGGCUCACUGGGAUCUGCCGCUGCUGGUGCUGGUGCGCAUUCUGGAGGGGAUGGGCGAGGGUGUCACAUAUCCGGCGAUGCAUGCGAUGUUGGCCCAUUGGAUACCGCCGCUGGAGCGCAAUAAAUUUGCGGCCAUCGUUUAUGCGGGCUCGAAUAUUGGCACGGUGAUAUCGAUGCCAUUGACGGGUUGGCUGUGCUCCCAGCGCUUUCUGGGCGGCUGGCCAUCGGCAUUCUAUAUCUUUGGACUGCUGGGCAUUGUGUGGUUUGGCUGUUGGAUGUAUCUGGUGUAUGAUCGACCCAGUGAACAUCCGCGCAUCUCCCGCAAGGAGCGUGCCUACAUAGAACGUGCACUGCAGUUGCCCACGGAGCUGGAGGAGCCGGCAACAGUUGAGCAAUCCACAGAGCAUAUACCCUGGAGUUGCAUCUUGACCAGCGUGCCACUUUGGGCCAUACUCCUUACACAAUGCGGCCAGAGUUGGGCAUUCUACACACAACUGACCGAACUGCCCACCUAUAUGAGCAACAUACUCCACUUUGACAUACAAUCGAAUGCUCUACUCAAUGCCAUACCCUAUCUAACGUCCUGGUUCAUGGGCAUUGCCUGUUCCGCUCUAGCGGAUUGGAUGCUAGCCAAGCGCUACAUCAGUCAACUCAAUUCCUAUAAGUUGUGGAACACCAUAUCGUCGGUGGUGCCGUCAUUGGGUCUCAUUGGCAUCAUCUAUGUGGGCUGCGAUUGGAUUUGGGUCACGUUUAUGCUCGCUGGUGUCGGCUCCUUUGGUGGCGCUGUCUAUGCCGGCAAUCAGAUGAAUCACAUUGCCCUGAGUCCCCGUUUUGCGGGCACUAUGUAUGGCAUUACCAAUUCGGCGGCAAAUAUCUGCGGUUUCCUGGCGCCCUAUGUCAUUGGUCUGAUCAUCAAUCAUCGCGAGACUUUGACCCAAUGGCACAUUGUCUUCUGGCUGGCUGUUAUACUCAAUAUUGUCGGCAACUUUAUCUAUCUGAUCUUUGCCCGUGCGGACGAACAAUCCUGGUCACUGAGACGACAUCCAACAACACCAACAACAACAACAACCCGUCGUUCUUUGCGCAUCUAAUCGGAGUUACAACUACUCCAAGUACCUAUGGCUACAGCACAGAGUUAACAUGUGAAUCCCCAGUUUUUUUUUUUUUUUUUUAGUGCAUAAGCAUGUGUGAUAAUUCCGUGUGGAAUGAUUUCUUAAGUUCCCCUCGUUUCCAGCAGAUGUUGAUACGCAGUAUUCCUAAGAGAGAGAUCGCAGGCACAAUACUAUACUCUAUACAUAUGUACAAAGAUUCCAGUGAGCUUCCAGCGGCUUCCAGUUAAUUUUUGCAGUUUUCAAAACUGUAUUCACUGUACCAAAGUUAUGCAGUACACGCGGCUUCCAGUGACCUUACCAUAGCUUAUUACGACCUUCCAGUGGCUCUCACUUCCACUGACCUUCCAGUGGCUUUCCAUUCUAGCAGUGUUAAUGCAAACUCAAAUUAUUUCUACUUUUCAGUGUGUCUAUUAAUUCUUGUUAAGCUUAAAGAUUAUACUCGCUUCCGGGUGACUUCCAGUGAUCUUCCACUAGCUUUCCAAUGGCUUUCCAUUUUAGCAGUGUUAAUUCAAACUCGAGUACUAGUUACUUUUCAGUGUAUUUGUUAGUUUCUUAAGUUUAAAGAUUUAUCUCACAUUCUGGUGCCUUCCAGUGGCCUUCCAAUGGCGUUCCAAUAAUUUUUCAUAGCCGCAGUGUUAAUUUAAAAAUUGAAUACAACUUAAUUCCCAAGGUAACUACAAGUUUCUUAAGCUUAGAGAUUGAACUUACUUCCAGGCGACUUCCAGUAGCCCUUCCACUGACUUUCCAGUGGCUUGCCGCUCUAGUAGUGUUAAUUCAAAAUUGAAUUAUACUUAAUUUGCAAGGUAUCUAUAAGUUUCUUUAGCUUAGAGAUUAAACUUACUUCCAGGCGACUUCCAGUAGACCUUCCACGAAUAUUUCAGCUUAUAUUUAGUGUUUAAUUAAACACCCAUCACUUUAAGAGAACUUUCAUAGCCCUUCUAGCGGUUUCCAGUCAACUAGCACUGACUUUCCAAUGGCUAUGAGUUUCCAAUACAAUUCCCAUACAUUGUUAACUGUACCAAUUGUUAUAAACAUACAUAGAUAUAUAAUAGGCCUGGACACUAGUUGUGUCCUUGGGUGCGAUAUCGCUUUUAACUACGGACUGUGUUUUGCUAGGCGUUUUUAUACCAAUAUAUAUUCGUUAUACGAUAUAUGAUAUACGACAUAUAUAUAUAUACUAUAUACGAUACAACACAUAUGAUACAAACUAGGGUCUUACAUGGACCGGACCUAUCAUAGCUUUAGUGCCGGCACCUAGCGGUUGCCCAACGAAACUUUACAAAUGAUAUACUAUAUACAUGAAACAUAUAUCCAGAUAUAUAAUAAUAUAUAUAUAUAUAUAUAUAUAUACACAAACAUAUUGUACCAUACAUAUAAGCUACAUAAACAUCUGAUGUAACUAUGCAACAAUAAAAUCGCACAAACAUAUCGGAAAAUAAUUAAAA